GACAUAAUAAAUAUUCUUUGUCAUUUGUAUCUGACAUAAUCUAUCUUGAUAAGAAACUUUUGAAAUAUUUAAAUAACUUAUUCAAUUGUGUAACUUUCAAAUGUUCGUUUUAAUGAGUUCUUGAUGGAUUGUCAAUAUACGAUGUCAUUUAAAGGAAACAUUUAGGAAAAUAGAGCUAAUAAAAGAUCGACUUUCAAACACCUUUGUAUCAUCCCAUUAUUGCAGAAGAGACCAAAAGAUUUAACACGAGUAAAUGAUACAUCAACAAGAGUUCGAAAACAGUUGUCUAAUACUACUGAGGAUAUAAACGAUAGUUUUGGGAGUAUACUGAAAACCAUAGUAUAUGAGAAUAUGGACCAAAGCUUCGUUCGUCUAUCUAAACGUGCCAGUUCGGAAUCAAGCUUGCAUCGUGUCAACCAUCGGGAAAACACAAAUUUGUCAGCUCCUCUAAACUAUUUUCCAUCAGUUGAUAAUGCUGUUAGACAGUUCAAAGGAAAAACAGAUGCUCCUAAAGUAGUUGCCAUUUCAGUACCCUUAAAUAAAAGACAAUCUUUCUUAGACAACAGUGAUGAACAUCGUUUGAAAUACCAUCAUCGAAGCGUAGACGAGUUAGAAAAGAUUUCAAAGAAUACGGAAAGAUUACGAACAGUGUUCGAUGAAGAAGUCGAUCUUGAUUAUAUAGACAUCGUGUAUGAAACUAAUAAGCCAUCAAAACAACAUCAUCUAUCUCUUUCGUGUGCGCCGCCAUUAAUGCCGAAAUAUAUUUCUAGAAGAAUAAAACUUCAGCAGAGGACAGAUUCUCGAGACGGGAGUGCUGAAAGUAGGAACGCAGACAAAUGUUUUGACGAGAGUCACGAACUUCCGGUAGUUUUAAAUUGUACCGAUGAAUUACUGAACAGAACAUCUAACUCUCAUCCUACUAGCAGUAAAAUCGGCUGGCGAAAAGUUGCUAAUAGCAAUGAAGUUCGCAUUGAAGUACAAUCAGACAAAAGUAAUAGCAAUGCUUAUAAUUAUGGCCGACAUUUUAGUGCUAAAUCCUCACAUACUGAUGUAAACCCUGAUCCUUUUUCUACUGCACAUAGACUAUCCUAUUUCAGGAAGACACACGGAUUUGCUGGCGGUUUUAACCGAGCGAAUACUAAAGAUGUACAAAAAAUGUUAAGAUACAGUAAAUAUAUCAAUCCUAACUUUAAACAUAAAAAUUUAAGAUGAUGUUUAUGGAAAAAAAGUAGUAAAUAGUAAAAUCAAAUAAAUGUAUUUGUUAUU